CAGAAACCGAUGGGGCGUAUGAGGAAGUCACAGGAGACGGUGGAAGAAAAGAGCAACAGGGUCUUCACUUCAGCCGAACAUCAGGAUUUACCACUUUGAAAAUGCCUGCAAAGAAAGUCUGCAUCGUCGGAUCUGGAAACUGGGGCUCCUCCAUUGCCAAAAUAAUCGGGCACAAUGUUAAAGCAUCCAACCGGUUCGACCCCUAUGUGAACAUGUGGGUUUAUGAAGAAAUGGUCGAUGGAAGGAAGCUGACGGAGAUCAUUAAUACAGAGCACGAAAACGUCAAAUAUCUGCCGGGUCACAAGCUGCCCAGGAAUGUGGUCGCUGUUCCAGACAUCACAGAAGCUGUCAAAGGAGCAAAGAUCCUCGUCUUUGUGAUCCCACACCAGUUCAUUGGCAAACUCUGCGAUGAGAUGAAACCUCACAUCUCGGAGGGAACCAUCGGGAUAUCGCUCAUCAAAGGUAUCGAUGAGGGACCAGAUGGACUGAAGCUCAUCUCAGACAUCAUCCGAGAGAAACUAGAGAUUGAGGUCAGCGUCCUAAUGGGGGCCAACAUCGCCAGCGAGGUGGCAGACGAGAAGUUCUGCGAGACCACCAUCGGGGCGAAAAACGAGGCAAACGGCUCUAUCUUCAAAGAGCUUCUGCAAACUCCCAACUUCCGCAUCAAUGUCGUGCAGGAGAGUGAUACAGUGGAGCUGUGUGGAGCGCUGAAGAAUAUCGUGGCAGUAGGUGCCGGGUUCUGCGACGGCCUCGGUUUCGGCGACAACACCAAGGCGGCGGUGAUCAGGCUGGGCCUCAUGGAAAUGGUCGCCUUCGCCAAGUUGUUCUGCAAAGGCCAAGUGAGCUCCACCACUUUCCUGGAAAGCUGCGGCGUGGCUGACCUCAUCACCACCUGCUAUGGGGGGCGGAACCGCAAAGUUGCCGAGGCCUUUGCCAAAACGUCCAAGUCCAUCGCUGAGCUGGAGGCAGAAAUGCUCAACGGCCAGAAGCUGCAGGGUCCACAGACCUCAGCUGAGGUCUACAAGCUCCUACAAAAGAGGGACAUGGUCAACAAGUUCCCGUUGUUUUCUGCCGUCUACCAGAUCUGCUUUGAGGGCAAAGAAGUGAAGGAGUUCAUCACCUGCCUGCAGAACCACCCAGAGCACAUGUGACGGGACCGGUCUGCAACCACUGCUGCUCUGUCAGUAACAAUUUACAACCACUAGAGGGUGAAAGAGAUUCAUCAGACAGAAACGCACAACAUGGAGCACUUUUGCAUGAGAUUUCUUUGACCGGUGACAUUUCACCAUGGAUAUUUUUAUCUUUGCUUUAAAAGCCUUUUUAAAAAUUGAUUUUGUGUAAUAUUCAUUUGGCUAUUGUGCAGGGACGUUAAAAAUAUAAAUUAAAUUAUAUUUAAGAUUUAAAAAUUGUUUUUCAACAGUGUCGGGUAUAAAAAUAUCGAGCUCCCUCUAAGGAAGAUCAGUCAAUCCCUUUCUUUUACGACUAAACAUGUCCGAAUUUUGUAUGAGAGUAUCUAAACUUAACAGUUAGUCAGAUUUACUUUUCACUACAUGAUGGUUCGUUUACAAGAUCCUUUUGUAUUGUCAU